CAAUGCCAAGCUUUUAUAGCUCAAACAAACUAGUUAUAUUUAUAACGCAUAGGAAAAUCUCAUAAAAAUACUAAUAAAAACUAUAACACAAUAAAAAUUGAAUGAAUAUCAGUUAUCGAUAUAUUUUCCUUUACUCCAUCACUAGCAAUUACGUUGUCAUUCAGUCGGCCAUCUUGGAUAGUUUAUUUGAAAAUCGAACGCCGGCGGAAGCGCGCGUAACUGUCAUGGCGCGAGAAUAAUCAUAGAGAAAUGUUGUUUUAUAUUUUAAUAACAGUUUUUAAAAGUAAAUUAAAUGUGGUGAUUAAUUUGUGGAUUCAAGUGUGGUGAUUAGUGUUGUGUUGUGUGAUUAUUAAAUUACAAGUUAAAAAUGGAGGAUGUUCACAUAGAGGAACCAGCGAUCACGCAAGUCACAACCCGCAUGGACUACAAAGCGCCGAGAAUGUUCGAAAAACUGGACAAAAUAGGGCAAAACUUGGAGAAUAUUGGCAAAAAGGUUGGCCAAAGGUUGGACAAAGUUGGCCACAAUUCUCUUUUGGAUACUAUAAGUUAUGAGAGCGAGAGAUUGAAAACUAGUCAUAGCGAACAUUCUUCUAGAAGGAAUAGUGAUGACGGGAAGACGAAAGAAGGAUUCAGGACUGAUGGAACUAGCUCGGAACCUCCCACAGCCAACAUCACGAACUAUAACGCGUGGGGCGAACUCAGCAGCUCAACCUCCACCACUAGAACAGAACUAAGCUUCUCAGACGGGGGGGAUGAUACGGUAACAAAACCUCGUCGCCGGAGCCACGAAUCAGCUUUACCUGGUACUCCGUUGCAUCAGAGAGGCCCUUGGAAGUCUUCAGACAGUCUCGCACCAGAAUCAGCCUUUGGCACAUCCCUAGCUGAUAUUAUGGAAAGCCCGGCUAAUAAGGUUCACCUUCGAGAUGACAUCAAGUCAAUUCGCUCUGACGGCAGCUCUGAUGAGCGGAAGCCGAGAGGGUGGAAGUUGGUGAGGAGUAUGACGUCAGCAGCCGGAGCCUUCAGCACGAAGCCGAAGGAGGCUUCCACGGCUUUGCCUGGGACACCACAACCUAGUUUUCAGUCAAAGUCAGACAGUAAAAGUUCUGAUUACGGCAAGGAUGACAGGAAACCGUCAAUGCCAGCGUAUCCUAAUGAGAAAGAUGAAAAUGUUGGGGAAACUAACUCUGAGGGUUUGGAACCAGAAUCUCUACUAUUCCGUGACGGUAGAAGAAGGAUAGACAUGGUGUUGGCGUAUGAGGAAGAAGACUAUGGAGUCAUGACUGAAAACGAAGCGAGAAAGAGAGAACAUAGGAGAACAUUCCAGGAAAACCUUAUAAAGGAAGGUCUAGAACUAGAAUUGGAAAACAAAUGCCUGUCGUUCGACGAGAAGACCUGGUUUCUGAAGGUACACAUACCGUGGAAGACGGAAAUGAGGCUGGCAGAGGUCAUCGGGAUGAAGCUACCCACAAAGAGGUUUAUAACGAUCUCCGUCAGAGCUUGGAGCGACGAAAAACAGGCAGAAAAAGACAAAAGAUGGCAUUCAAAAUGGCGACGGAGGUGGAAACAGCUUUACGAGUAUGAACACUCGAGAAUCGAACCUGAACCAUCCUUCUACGGAGCCACAGACCAGAGUGGAGCUAGGAGAGAAGAGAUGUUUUUAGUAAAAGAUCGCCACACACAGUUUUCUCCCGCACAACGUAGCCUUCUAGUCAUGCAAAUACUGUUACGAGCGAAAUAUGACAAUAAUGAAACUAAGAUGGGCAUCCGAAGACUUCUGAAUGAUGGCACGUAUACAGCGUGCUUCCCUCUACAUGAGGGCAGACACGACGUCGAUAUGUCAGAUGGAACGGUCACGGACAGACGAUUGCUUUAUCUUGAAUGGGCUCGACCAUCAAAAUGGUAUAAGAAACAGCCUCUGUGGUUAAUACGGCGAUACUUCGGCGACAAAAUAGGCCUUUAUUUCUGCUGGCUUGGCUUCUACACGAAGAUGCUGUAUGCACCAGCGAUUGUGGGGACUUUGUGCUUUCUAUACGGCCUAGCUAGUAUGGACUCACAUGAUAAUAUACCUAGCAAGGAGAUCUGUGAUGCCCGAGGUCCUGGUAACACGACCCUCUGCCCGCUGUGUGACAAGGCCUGUCAAUACCAGCGUCUCUCCGACUCCUGCCUCUUUGCGAAGCUUACGUAUCUAUUUGACAACCCAGCAACUGUGUUCUUUGCGAUUUUUAUGUCUUUUUGGGCAACCACAUUCUUAGAAUUAUGGAAAAGAAAACAGUCAGUACUACGAUGGGAAUGGGACAUGGGCGGAGUGGACCAGGAUGAAGAUCCUAGACCUGAAUUCGAGGCAUCAGUCAAGACUUUCCGAACCAAUCCGGUGACGAGAGAGAAAGAACCAUACUUGCCAAACUGGCAGAAGACUGUCAAAUAUGUAGCUAGUAGCUCUGCUGUGUUGUUCAUGAUCGCCAUAGUUAUGGGAGCUGUCCUCGGUACCAUCAUCUAUAGAAUAUCAAUGGUGUCAGUCAUCUACGGUGGCACCGGCUUCUUCAUACAGCGUCACGCAAAGAUCUUUACUACAAUGACAGCUGCUGUCAUCAACUUGAUCAUCAUCAUGAUUUUGACUAGGAUAUACGCCAAAAUAGCAGUAUACCUGACUAAUAUGGAGAACCCUCGCACUCAGACUGAAUACGAAGACUCCUACACUUUCAAAAUAUUCUUCUUUGAGUUCAUGAAUUUUUAUUCUUCAUUGAUCUACAUCGCGUUUUUCAAGGGCCGUUUCUACGACUACCCAGGAGACGAUCAAGCCAGAAAAUCGGAAUUCUUUAAACUCAAAGGCGAUAUUUGUGACCCAGCGGGCUGUCUCUCAGAACUAUGUAUACAGUUGGCUAUUAUAAUGAUCGGCAAACAAUUCGUGAACAACUUUGUAGAGCUCGGAUACCCCAAGUUCCACAACUGGUGGCGGCAGCGCUCGCACCGGGCUCUCACCAGAGACCUCAGCAAGCCGCACAUGGCUUGGGAACAGGAUUACCACUUGCAAGACCCUGGGAGACUCGCGCUCUUCGACGAGUAUUUAGAGAUGAUCCUCCAAUAUGGUUUCGUGACGCUGUUCGUGGCAGCCUUCCCCCUGGCACCGCUGUUCGCACUCCUCAACAACAUUGCGGAGAUCAGACUAGACGCGUACAAGAUGGUGACACAAGCAAGAAGACCACUGGCGGAAAGGGUCGAGGAUAUUGGAGCGUGGUAUGGUAUUCUCAAAGGCAUAACUUACGCUGCUGUGGUGUCUAAUGCGUUUGUGAUAGCAUACACAAGUGAUUUUAUACCUCGCAUGGUAUACAAAUACGUGUAUUCUCCUGAUAAUACCUUGGCUGGUUACAUCGACCAUUCACUCUCUUUAUUCAACACAUCGGACUACCGCGAGGAGUGGGGGGCUGAUGAGAAUGAGGUAGACCCCGCAGUGUGUGCGUACCGGGGGUACCGGAACCCACCAGACCACGCUGACCCCUACGGCCUAUCGCCCCACUACUGGCAUGUGUUUGCUGCUAGACUGGCUUUUGUGGUUGUAUUUGAGCACGUUGUAUUCGGUCUGACUGGCCUCAUGCAGCUCUUCAUUCCCGAUGUGCCGAGCGAGUUGCGCACUCAAAUGCAGAGAGAAGGACUUCUGGCUAAGGAAGCCAAGUAUGAACACGGGAGGAGACGACUGUCCACGGAGUACAGACAGCUCAUCACACAGAAGAGUGAAAGUGGGCCUGCCCCGGAGCGCGCGGGCGGCGCGUGGUUGCGUCGCACGUCGCGCGCCUCCGACGGACUGGACGCGCACGUCGCCGUCGCACAACGACCACACGACCAUUGACACACAGACUACAACUAACUGUUUUUUUUUUAUAUACGACUCCCGCACCAAAGAAAAAGAAGCGGCUUCACAAACAUUCAAGUCACAUGCACAAGACACCCAGACUCAGGACAAGCAU